CAAGAUAGGCGGUAUGGUGGCCGUACUCCUUUGAGUUAUGCAGCGCACUAUGGCCAUGAAGCUUGUUUACGAGCGCUGCUCUCCUGCGGUGCCCACAUCGAGGCCGCCGAUGAGGACGGCCGGACGCCGCUGUUGUCUGCCGUGAUUGGGAAAGGGGGGAGGAAUGAGGCCGUUGUGCGGCUGCUGCUUGACCGGGGCGCGCAGAUUGAGGUGACUAACGAGUACGGCUGGACGCCGCUGUUGCUUGCCGUGGGUUAUUAUGGGGUAAGGAAUGAGGCCGUUGUGCGGCUGCUACUUGACCGUGGCGCGCAGAUUGAAGCAGCUGACAAGGACGGCCGGACGCCGUUAUCGUAUGCUGCAGAGAAUAGGAGCGAGAACGGGAACGAGAAUGAGCCUGUGAUACAGCUGCUGCUUAACCGGGACGCGCAGAUUGAAGCAGCUGAUAAAAAUGGCCGGACGCCGUUAUCGUAUGCUGCAGAGAACGGCAACGGGAUCAAGGCCAUUGUACAGCUACUGCUUGACCGGGGCGCGCAGAUUGAGGCGGCUGACAAGGACGGCCGGACGCCGUUAUCAUAUGCUGUAGAGAAUAGAAGCAAGAACGGCAAUGAGGCCGCUGUGCAGCUGCUGCUUGACCGGGGCGCGCAGAUUGAAGCAGCUGACAAAGACGGCCGGACGCCGUUAUCGUAUGCUGCAGGGAACGGGUUUGGGAACGAGGCCAUUAUACGGCUGCUGCUUAACCGGGGCGCGCAGAUUAAGGCAGCUGACAAGGACGGCCGGACGCCGUUAUCAUAUGCUGCAGGGAACGGGAAUAGGAACGGGAACAAGAACGAGCCUGUGAUACGGCUACUGCUUGACCAGGGCGCGCAGAUUGAAGUAGCUGACAAGGGCGGCCGGACGCCGUUAUCGUAUGCUGUAGCGAAGUGGAACUGGAACGGGGACGAGAACAAGCCUGUGAUACAGCUGCUGCUUGACCGGGGCGCGCAGAUUGAAGCAGCUGACAAAGACGGCCGGACGCCGUUAUCGUAUGCUGCAGAGAACAGGAGCUGGAACAGGAAUGAGGCCGCUGUGCGGCUGCUGCUUGACCGAGGCGCGCAGAUUAAAGCAGCUGAUAAAGACGGCCGGACGCCGUUAUCAUAUGCUGCAGGGAACCGGACAAACUGGGACCGGAACUCAAACGAGGCCACUGUAUGGCUGCUGCUUGACCGGGGCGCGCAGAUUGAAGCAGCUGACAAAGACGGCCGGACGCCGUUAUCAUAUGCUGCAGAGAACAAGAGCGAGCACGGGAAUGAGGCCGCCGUGCGGCUGCUGCUUAACUGGGGCGCGCAGACCGAGGCGGCCGACAAGCAUGGCCGGACGCCGCUAUCGUACGCCAUGGAUCGGGAAGGGGGUAGGAAUGAGGCCGUUGUGCGGCUGCUCCAAUUACAUAGUGCUAAACCUUCGUCGAUAAUAUCGUCUUAACCUGUUACAUACCUAGUAUCUUGGGCAAAUAGAAACUGCGAGAAACUGCUUCCGCAAUCUCACAC